ACGGUGCGCGGAUCAACGGGACUCGAACGCGGAAAACUGCGAGAAAAGCGAGGAAAAACGGGUGCAGAGGCUGAUUGGGAAAUAUGUGCGCCUGAGUUUCCCGGCCAGAAGGCAAAGUGCCAAAUGCUCUGACAAAUAAUUCUGAUAAUUCCUGUAAUAAUAAUCACCGGGAUUUAAACCAACGACAAAAGUGUAGUAAAAAUAAAAUUGUUUUUCGAGUGCCAAUAAAGAAAAACCUAAUCGGAGAAAAACGAAACUCUGUUCAAACUCCUAUUGCGAUUAAAUCGGUAGAAAUCCAAUCAAAAAAUGGCCAGCAGCCGUGGCAAUUUCCUGACAAUCGGAUUACUUUUGACCCUGAUCGCCAGCGGUCAGGCUCAUCUAAACAUUUUCCUCAAUCUGCACGAGGUGUUGCGUUUAAUCGGAGUUUCGGCGGAACUCUACUACGUGCGGGAGGGUGCCAUUAACGACUACGCCCUGAACUUUGCCGUACCCGUGCCGGCGAACAUUAGCGACGUGACCUUCACGUGGCAAUCGCUGGUGGACCACCCGCUGCCCUACAGCAUCAAUAUCGCCACUUCGGACACAGAGGUGUUGCCCCGGCCCAUCCUGAAUAUAUCCCGUAUCGGGGAUGUGCCCAUGGAGCCGCAGACCUGGGGCAUUGCCCUCAAGUGCUCGGGCACCAAGAAUGCCGAAGUUACGGUCACCAUCAAUGUGGAGGUCAUCCUGGAUCGGGCCACGAACAACAAUACGAACCUGAUCUUUAAGCGGAAAAAGAUCUGUUUGAGAGAGGAGCAGGAUAGUGCGCAUGAGGAGUACGACGAUGACGAUGUGGACCUGAUGCAGACGGCGCGAAAAGGACAUGGUAGCGAUGUGCACUAUGUGGAUCGCAACGAUGAGCAUGUGGUGGCCAAUGGACACCAGUCGCCGGAGAAGGAGAAGCAACGCCCGGUGGUCACUGAGGCGCCGGUGAAUGUGGGCCGUGGAAACUCGGGAGGAUCUAAGCGCGACUUUGAUCCCAUGUUAAGGGAGAACCUGGUUCCACCCGCCAGUGGACUGGUCACUCUCAUUGUGGGUGGUAUUCUGGCCCUGGUGCUCGUUUCCACACUCAUCCUAAUCGCCUACUGUGCCAAGGGUCCCUCCAAGCGACAUCCCUCGAAUGGGGUGCAUCUGAUCAAGACCUCCAGCUUCCAGAGACUGCCCACCAUAUCCUCGACUGCCCACAAUUCGAUCUAUGUCUGCCCAUCGACCAUCACACCCACAUAUGCCACACUGACGCGGCCCUUUCGCGAAUAUGAGCAUGAGCCUGAGGAGUUCAACCGCCGUCUCCAAGAGCUGACAGUCCAGAAGUGCCGCGUCCGGCUCUCCUGUCUCGUCCAGGAGGGAAACUUUGGGCGAAUCUAUCGGGGCACUUAUAACGACUGCCAGGAGGUAUUGGUCAAGACUGUGGCCCAGCACGCCAGCCAGCUGCAAGUGAAUCUCCUGCUCCAGGAGUCCAUGAUGCUCUACGAGGCCUCGCAUCCGAAUAUUCUCUCCGUUCUGGGCAUCUCCAUCGAGGAUUAUGCCACGCCCUUUGUCCUCUAUGCCGCCACCGGAAGUGUGAGGAACCUGAAGAGCUUCCUGCAGGAUCCGUCGUACGCCAGGAGCGUCACCACAAUUCAGACGGUGCUCAUGGGCUCCCAGCUGGCCAUGGCCAUGGAGCAUCUGCACAACCACGGCGUCAUCCACAAGGACAUUGCGGCCAGAAACUGUGUGAUUGACGAUCAGUUGCGUGUAAAACUCACAGAUAGUGCCCUAAGUCGCGAUCUCUUCCCGGGUGACUAUAAUUCUCUCGGCGAUGGCGAGUACCGACCCAUCAAGUGGCUCUCCUUGGAGGCCUUACAAAAGUCGCAUUAUAACGAGGGCAGUGAUGUCUGGUCCUUCGGCGUUCUCAUGUGGGAAAUGUGCACACUGGGUAAACUACCCUAUGCCGAGAUCGAUCCCUAUGAGAUGGAACACUAUCUGAAGGAUGGCUAUCGAUUGGCCCAGCCUUUCAACUGCCCUGAUGAGCUCUUCACCAUUAUGGCUUACUGCUGGGCUUCCAUGCCAACCGAGCGACCCUCGUUUAGUCAACUACAGAUCUGCCUAUCGGAGUUCCACACCCAGAUUACCAGAUAUGUUUAACCAGCGGUGCUGAAGCAUGCCAAGACCUGUAAAUACAACAAGAGGCGACGUCGCAAGAUUUUCCAGCAGACCACGUCGUCCACUCUGUUCCCAAAGACAUAUUAAAUGGUAGCGCCUAGAUAUUGGGGUUAGUACGAGAUCCCCAGAAGUAUAUGAAUGACUUAUGAGAUAACAUGGAUUCAACAGAAAGAGAGAGGGUGAAACGGCCUGAUACCUUCUAUCCGCAUAACUUCUAGUUAUAUGAUUAGUCAGUAAGGACAUGUGACAUUUCAAUGCAAGAAUUAGGAUUAUAAACAGAACAUAAACACCUACUGAAAACCCCUGUUAAGACACACACACACGUUCUCACGACGAGAUGAGCUAAAACCCAGUAAAAAGUUAUCUUAAGAGGAGACUCCAUCAUAAAAUAGAAAGAAAUAGAAAAUAUUGAUAUACUAAUCGUAGCUAAAGCAGAUCCAAUAAAAUCAGAGUCCCACGAAAAACCAGUGCUAGGAUAGGUACCCAAAAAAAAUAUGUCGUAGUUUCCAAGUGAGCGUUGCAAGUUUGUCAUUAUAAUGGGAUUACAAUACGAUACCGAAACAUAUAUCUAUGUAAAUGUAUUCACGUGUGUGUUUAUGUCUAAGAACCGUAGUGCUAGUAAGAACUCGAAAUAUUUAUCUAAUGUUAGAGCACCAGCGACCCGAAAACCCUUAACCCUAAGUUACCGCCCCUUACAGUCUCGAGUUGUAAGUUUUUGUGUAAUAUACUUAAGCAGUUUGCAUUAGUUCUUAAGUUACUCUUAUGGUUUUCUAUGGCGAAGACACAAAAGAAAAACGAUUUCAAUAAACGUCCG